UUCUAUACACGGAAGAUCAUAUAUUUAAUACAGUAUUUCAAGUAGUAUAGUCAAAAUUCCUCGAACACGAAAUAAAAAAAGAUGAGCCCGGAGGAAGAAGGUGGCCGAGGGGGCGGGUCCCCACCGGCUGCUGGGGCUGUUUUGCAUCAACCUCAUUAUCCUUUAAUUGCUAGUCCAGCUUCUGGUACAGAGCCUUGUACGCAUGACGUAAUUUUAACACCUGUUUCUGCAGCAGAUACAACUACUAAUGUAGCCGAUCAAACUACAUUUUCUGUAAAUUUACAACAAACUAUUAGUCCAAAUUCAAGUCCAAUAACUGGCGGUGACGUUGAAAAAUUUGAUGGAAAAAUUGUAUACAAUCCUGAUGGAUCAGCGUAUAUUAUUGAAGGAGAAAGUGAAUUAAGCGACGAUGAUUCUUUACCAGAUGGCUGUAUUGUUGAUGGGCGAGGAGUUUCUAUUCCUCAUACUCUUGUAUUUCCUCAAAUUGCUAAUGCUUAUUACGUUUCUAGACUAUAUGCACAUCAAGCGUAUCAACAUCAACAACAACAAAGAUCAUCAAUUAUAUUAACAAAUCCUGAACUCCCUGUUAUGCACAGUUAUCGUGUAAUUAGUUAUAGAAGUUCUGAGGGAAGUAAACAACAACCAUUGCCAUCAAUAAUGCCAACAAUCCCUGUCGCUUCUGUACCCGUUAAACCUAUUUUAAUGUGUUUCAUAUGUAAACUCAGUUUUGGUUACACGAAAAGUUUUGUUGCACAUGCUCAAGGUGAACAUCAAUUAACAUUAAUGGAUGAUGAAAGGCAAAUAUUAUCUCAUGCAACUGCAUCGGCUAUAAUACAAGCAGUUGGAAGAAAUAAGCAACCAAUUAUUAGUUUUCUUGAACCAAUUUCAACUUCAACAUGUUCCCAAGAUUCUGUAGAAAAUAUUUCAUUACAACGUUCUCAUAAUGGAGAUGAUAUUAAUAUUCAUGAAUUGUCAAAUAAAACACAUACAAAUUUAAAUAUGUCAAAUUCAAUGAGUAAUUUACAUAAUUUCCAACAGAAGUCUAUUGGUACUUCUAUAAUAACUGCCUCAUCUAAUCACAAUAUUUUGCAUAAUCAUCAACAACAUAGUCAAUGGACUAAUACACAAAUUAGUACCUCCUCCUGGUCAAAGGUAACAGAAAGUUCUACAAGCAAUUAUACAUCACCGUCAAUACCCAUAAAAUCUCAAGCAGCUUAUACAAGUGUAUCGCAACAACCACCCAAUUUCCUCAGUGGUACUACUAUCGGUGUUUGCCCAGAACAUAUACAGGGUAGGCCAAGUGGCAUUGAAUGUUCAAAAUGUGAAAUAAUUCUAGCGAGUAGUCGAUUAUCAACGGUUAGUGGAUCUUUAACAGGAGUUCAUAGUAGAAAUUCAUGUAAAACUUUAAAGUGUCCAAAAUGUAAUUGGCAUUAUAAAUAUCAAGAAACUUUAGAAAUUCAUAUGAAAGAAAAACACCCAGAUAGUGAAACAUCAUGUAUCUAUUGUAUUGCUGGACAACCUCAUCCAAGAUUAGCACGAGGUGAAACAUAUACUUGUGGUUAUAAACCAUACAGAUGUGAAGUUUGUAAUUAUUCGACUACUACUAAAGGGAAUUUAAGUAUACACAUGCAAAGUGAUAAACAUUUAAAUAAUAUGCAAGAGCUCCAACAAGGUAGUAAUAAUUCUAAUACGAAUAAUCCUUCAUCAUCUCAAGAUCAUCCCAUACAAACUCGAAGUCCUCAUCACCAACAAAAUCAUAGUCCAUUACUAAGUACUCACGUAAUAAAUCAAGGAAAACCUAAACCUACGUUUCGUUGCGAUGCUUGUAAUUAUGAAACUAAUGUUGCUAGAAAUCUUAGAAUACAUAUGACAAGUGAAAAACAUACACAUCAUAUGUUAGUUUUACAGCAAAAUAUUAAACACAUACAAUCGCUGUCUGUAAUUCAAUCACAUCAACAUCAAACACAGCAAAGUCAAAUUCAGCAACAUCAACAAUCAUUUGAGCAAUUUCUUCAUCUAGGAAAUUUAGAUAAACCACAACAUGCUGAAGCUGCAAUUGCUGACAUGGCUUAUAAUCAAGCUCUUUUGAUACAGAUGAUGACUGGAGGUCAACUACCAUCAAAUGUACCACCAGAAAUAAUUGGUAGCAUUGCAAAUAUAAAUGCUUUAGCAAAUAUUGGAACAGAUGUUGGUUUAUCGCCAGAAAGCAUGGAACCGCCACCAGAACCAUCAGAUCCUGAUCCAUCUCAUCUUUAUCAAUGUUGCGUUUGUAAUAAUUUUUCCACCGAUUCUAUUGAAGGGCUUGGAAUUCACUUAGCUUCUGAUCGAACUAAAACUCGCGAAGGUGAAAUACUCAGCAAUAUUGCGGGUCAUUUUAUUUGUAAAUUAUGUUCCUAUAAAACUAAUUUAAAAGCAAAUUUUCAACUUCAUUGUAAAACUGAUAAACAUUUACAAAGACUUCAACAUGUUAAUCAUGUAAAGGAAGGUGGACCUCGUAAUGAGUGGAAACUAAAGUACCUCGCAUCUCCUACUAGCGCAGCACAAAUACGAUGUCAUGCUUGUGAUUAUUAUACUAACAGUGUUCACAAAUUAGCUCUUCACGCUGCCUCUCCAAGACAUGAAGCCGCAGCUCUUUUACUCCGUCAUUUACUUGAAGCUAGUAUUAAUGUUUUAUCUUUAUCAAAAUUAUACCAUUGCGCUCUUUGUGGAUUUAGUGCAAAAAAUCGAUUACCAUUACUUCAACACGUUAGAUCCAUUAGACAUCUUCAAAUGGAACAGCUGCAUCAAUUACAUAGAAGAACAGGAAUACCAGGUAGUGAAAUUCCACAUACCGAUAUUGGAGAUGUUUUUCAAGUAAUAUCAGAUCCUAAUGGAGCUUCUACAAAUUUAAAAUCGAACUCCUCGUCUAGUUUACUAUUGAGUUCUACAUCGAGCAGUGAACGAAAAGAAAACGAAAGUGAUUGUAAAAAUGAAAUAAAGAAGGAAAUAGAACAUGAACGAGAACAGGAACAAGAAAAUGAGACUGAUGAUCUUACAUGUUCUUAUUGUUCAUAUUUAGCAUCAUCGAGUGAGGAAUUAAAAACACACCUUCAAAUUAUCCAUACUCAGGACACUGAAGAGGUGGAUGACUUAAAAGAAAAUUCAAAUUCUGAUCUACUAUGCCCUUUGUGCCAAGACUGUUUUAAGCAUCGUACUGCGUUGGAAAAACAUGUAAUGCAAAUUCAUUCAGUUAAUUCUGAUGGCUUACAGAGAUUAUUACUUCUUGUAGAUCAAAGCCAUUGGUUAAAUAAUAACCCUCGUACCAUAAAUGCGUCAAUUCCAUGUCCAAAAUCACCUAAUAUUUUAUUUAAAAAAAAUCAGAAUGAAGAGAAUAUUGAACAUAUAAUUGAUGAUGGAGAUGAUACUACAAAAUGUCAUGUUUGUCCAAGAGUAUGCCACUCGAUAGAUGAACUGCAGCAACAUCACAAAGAAUCACAUUCAACAUCUGUACCAAGUUUAGCUGUGAGUGAAAAGCAUGUUUAUAAAUAUAGAUGUGGUCAAUGCAGCUUAGCAUUUAAGACAUUAGAAAAGCUUCAACAACAUUCCCAAUAUCAUGCUAUUAGAGAUGCAACGAAAUGUGCUAUUUGUUUUCGCUCUUUUCGAUCAGUACAAGCACUUCAUCGGCAUUUAGAAACUGCUCAUACUGAAUUACAAGAAGAGGAGUUGGCACAAUAUAAACAAAGUUUAUUAAAUUCACAUCCUCUUUUACAAGUACUAACAGAAGAAGCACUUCGACGUCAAGGUAUAUUUAGUAAUGAACAAUUAAUUGACGAAGAAAUUAAAAUUGAUGAUGAUGAAACCGAUAUUAAUGAAUUAUCAACAAUGCAUAAAGAACAACGAUUACUUGAAGAUUAUUUAAAUAGCCAAUCUAUAGCAGAAGAUUCUUAUAAUGAUUCUGGACGAAAGUUUAAAUGUCAUCGAUGUAAAGUUGCAUUUACUAGGCAAUGUUACCUUACUGGUCAUAAUAAGACUUUAUUACAUCGAAAAGGUGAAAAAAUGCCAUAUCCUAUGGAAAAAUAUUUAGAUCCAAAUAGACCAUAUAAAUGUGACGUUUGUAAAGAAAGUUUUACUCAGAAAAAUAUUCUUCUUGUUCAUUAUAAUAGUGUUAGUCAUUUACAUAAAUUAAAGAGAGCGAUGCAGGAACAAGGCAAUAAUAAUACUUUUAUUAGCGUAGCAUCCCCUGUAAGUCCUGCGGAUCUAAAUGAUAUUCAACAAGAUCAUGAUAAAAAACCAUAUAAGUGCAAUAUAUGUAAAGUUGCUUAUUCUCAAGGAAGUACUUUGGACAUACACAAGAGGAGUGUACUUCAUCAAACUCGUGCUAGCAAAAUUCAUGAUUUAGCCAUCAGUGGUCAAUUAGAUUUAGCACGACCUUUAAUAGAACAACCGAUUUUAAGUCCUAAUAGUUUAUUAUGUAAUAAUGGAGAUAAUAAUGCGCAUAUGCUGCCUUGUACAAAAUGUAAUGCAUUAUUUAUUACGCAAGAUCAACUUUCUGCUCACCAGCAAUUGUAUUGUAUUUUCAGUAAUCCUUUGGCCUUAUUUCAACAAUUAGCAACAUCUCAACAUUUAACAAUGUCCCCUUCAAAAACUCCCCCUCCAUCAGUAUCAUCUACUGGAUCCCAAGAUAAACAUUUAUCACAAUCACAUCCGCAAUCAUUGAUUUCUCAAGAAGUAUUGUACCAGCCAAAACAUAAGACAUCACAAAUGUACAAGCAUUUAUUAGAAAGUUUUGGAUUUGACUUAGUUAUGCAGUUUAAUGAAAAUCACCAAAGAAGACAAAGAAAAGAAGAAGAAGUUGCAGUUGCAUUUCAAUUGCACCAAGAACAUGAAAACGAAGAACAGCAGAAACAUAAUUUUGAUGAAAAAAUAUGUCAAGAAAAAGAACAGGAUAUUGAUGAUCCUGGAGAAGAUGAAAUUAUUCCAGAAAUAAAACGAAGUACUUGUCAACAUUGUAAUAAAGAGUUUAGCAGUGUAUGGGUACUUAAAGCACAUUGUGAAGAAGUACAUCGAGAUCUAGUUCCACGUGAAUUUCUUGAAAAAUAUGCACAACAGUUUAAAUGUGAGUAUGAAAAAAAAAUUGUUAUUGUAACAGCAGCUACUUCUUCAUCCACAACAACCGCUCCUGUAACUAUAACACCUACAUCAUAUCAAAUUCAUGAUAAUAAUAUGUAUGAAAACAAAGAAAAAGACGAUUCUUGCGAACAUAAGGAAUGUGUGAGUAAAACACCAGAAGCUACUUCUACAACUCCAGCAACUACUCCAGCACUGAGUAAUACACCAGUAUCAAGUACAGAUUCGAAUACACCAACAGUACCAAGUAACAUAUCUCAAAAUCUUACUCAUCAACAGCAAGCUCAAUUAACUUUAGCUCAUCAUAUGUCUGAAAUGCAAGCAGCAUUUAAUGCCAUGGCUGCUUCUCAAUUACAACAACAGCUCCACCAAUAUCCAAGUUUAAUGAUGAGCAUGAUGGGUUUACCACUAGGACUUAAUGUACCUGCUCUUGCAGCAAUGAAUCUUCAACCUCCACUAGUACCAGUUAUGUUACCUCCGCCAACGUUCGAUGGAAAUAAUAGUACAUAUUCGUCUUUAUCAACACAAUCUGAUUUAUUAUCACAACAGCAUCUUUCCAUGCAACAACAACAACACGUAGUAGCAGCAAAUGCAGCAGCAUCACAAAAAAGAGCAAGGACUAGAAUAACAGAUGAUCAGCUUAAGAUUCUUAGAGCUCACUUUGAUAUAAAUAAUUCUCCUGGUGAAGAUCAAAUUAUAGAUAUGGCAACUCAGAGUGGUUUGCCACCUAAAGUAAUAAAGCAUUGGUUCCGUAAUACUUUAUUUAAAGAACGUCAACGAAAUAAAGAUAGUCCUUACAAUUUCAAUAACCCUCCAAGUACUACAUUAAAUUUGGAGGAGUAUGAAAAAACUGGGGAAGCAAAAGUAAUACCGCUCAAUUCUAUAGCAAGUGAAACUACAUUAGAAGAUAAACUUCAAGAAAAACAAUUACUUAUUGCAGCAACCUCAACAAUUUCUAAUAUUUCAACUCAAAAUGAUAAUAAACAUGAAUACUUGGAUCAAAAUAUUUUACAGCAUUCUCACGAUGAACAUUAUUCUCCCGAAAGUUCUGGAGAUCAACAAUCUAGGCCACAAUCACCAGUGAUAAAUUCGGGUUUUCCUAGCACUAAUCAGGAUAUGUCAGCUAUACUUUCUACAUCAAUUAUUACUCAAACAUCACCAAUGCUUCCUCCAAAAGUAGCUCCUCCAAAUGUUACAAAUACAAAUUCAUCAAUAACUAGUACUUUAUCAACUAAUACCUUAUCAGUUUCUUUAUCGAAUCAGCAUUGUAAUAGCCCCACUAGAGUAUCUGAUUUUUCAUUUAAUGGUAAUAACAAUGGAAGUAAUACAACAAAUAAUAGUUCUGGAAAAAGAGCAAAUCGAACAAGAUUUACCGAUUAUCAAAUAAAAGUGCUUCAAGAAUUUUUUGAAAAUAAUGCCUAUCCUAAAGAUGAUGAUUUGGAAUAUUUAAGUAAACUUCUGGGAUUAAGUCCACGAGUUAUAGUAGUGUGGUUUCAAAACGCUAGACAAAAGGCUCGUAAGGUCUAUGAGAAUCAACCACCUCUUGAUCCUACUCCGGGAAGUAGAGAUAAUGAAGAUGGAACUGGACGAUUUCAAAGAACGCCUGGUCUUAAUUAUCAAUGUAAAAAAUGUCUUCUUGUUUUUCAAAGAUAUUAUGAACUUAUACGACAUCAGAAAACACAUUGCUUUAAAGAAGAAGAUGCAAAACGAAGUGCGCAAGCACAAGCAGCUGCAGCUCAAGUAGCCGCUGUUCUUAGUUCUGAAGAUAGUAAUAGUAGUUCGACUACAACAACUAAUACACUUCAGUCAACUUCUAUAAAUAUUCAGUCUGUUUCAGAACAAUCAUCAAACUCCAAUAAUACUUUUCUUCAAAAUCAGACAAUCCAGCAACUUCAGCAGAGUCAACAAAAUAUUCAAUUAGACUCUAAGGAUGAAAAUUUUCAAUGUGACAAAUGUAAUCUUGUUUUUGGUCGAUUCGAAUUGUGGCGCGAACAUCAAUUAGUACAUAUCAUGAAUCCAACACUUUUUCCUCCAAAUUAUCCACCUGAUUCAGCAUUUGGUAUUUUACAGCAACAAGCAUUAAACAACUCUAGUUCAUCACCAGAUAUAUCUCAUUCAAUGCUGAAUAUAAUACACGAUAAAAAAAGAAAGUAUGAUGAUUAUGAUGAUGGUCAUAAUACAGACAAUAAAUCUAAUUCAGAUCAAAAUGAUCAACCAAAAGAUAAACGUCUACGUACAACUAUUCUUCCAGAGCAGCUAGAUUAUCUUUAUCAAAAAUAUCAAAUUGAAUCUAAUCCAUCUCGAAAAAUGCUAGAAACUAUUGCUAGAGAAGUUGGUUUAAAAAAGAGAGUAGUUCAAGUUUGGUUUCAAAAUACACGCGCACGUGAAAGAAAAGGACAGUUUCGUGCACAUAGUCAAGUAAUAAAUAAACGAUGUCCGUUUUGUCCCGCCCUUUUUAAGGUGAAAUCUGCUUUAGAAUCUCAUCUAAAUAGUAAACAUAUUGAUCAAAUUACUAGAAGUGAGGUUAACAUUGACAAUUUACCUGACGAAGAGUUAUCGUUAGAGUCAUCUCCAUCAAAUCCAAGUACUCCUAAUAUGAUGCCUCCUUUAUUUCCUCCAAUUAGUACUGAAGUUGAGGCUUCAUUAAAAAAAUAUUAUGAAGAAUCUAUGAAACGUUACAUAACAGAAUUACAAGCACAUGCAAGUAAUGAAAAACAAGAUACGAAUACUUCACUUUUUCCUGCAAAUAGCAGUGAGUCGCCUUUGGAUUUAAGCAAACCUGUUGAUUUGAGCAAAUCUAUUAAAGUUACCGAUAAUAAUUUAGGUAAUCUUUUAGAUGAUCAAAAUAAUUCUCAACAGGUACGUAGUGGUAGUGACUAUGGCCCACUAACUGAUUUUUCAGAAAAGAGCGUUUGUGAUGAUGAUAGUAUGAGUGAAACAACUGAAUUUCUUGACGAUGAAAGCAGUCCAACUAGCCCAGCAUCUAGUUCGCAAAGUUCCAAACAAGGAUUAACUAAUAAUAUUAUUGGAAAUAACACAAUUGUAUGUUCUGGUAUCAACGCAGUAGUUCAAACUGGAGGAAAAAGAUAUCGUACACAAAUGUCAACAACACAAGUUAAAGUGAUGAAAUCUUUAUUUUCGGAUUAUAAAACUCCAACAAUGGCUGAAUGCGAAAUGCUUGGUCGUGAAAUCGGACUUCCUAAACGAGUUGUUCAGGUAUGGUUUCAGAAUGCACGUGCUAAAGAAAAAAAAGCUAGAUUAGCAGCAGGAUUAUCAGCAGAGGGUAUAGUUGUUCAUCGUGGUUUAACUGGGCCAGAAGAAUGUAAAUUAUGCUCUAUACGUUACAGUCCUAAAUCGCCUUUGCAAGAACAUGUAUUUUCGCGAAGACAUAUUGAAUCAGUAAGAAUUGCCGUUGAAGAUGGUAGUUUAAUACCACCUACUCCUGGAGCUCCUAUUAUACGGGAAAGUGCCAUUGCAAGCUCUACAAAUAAUAAUCUGCAAGGCAACCAAUCGCAGACUGAAGAAAAUAUGAUGUACGGGUCGUUGUUCCUUCAUCCCACGGCAAUGUUUCAGUCGCAGCAACAGCAGCAACAGCAACAUUCCGGGAAUGUUACAACCAGCACGACUACCACCACAACCGGUGAGUGUCUAGCUGACCUCUUAGAUUCCUAAGCUCAUGCUACCGAAAUUCGAAUUAGGCAUUUCAUACAGGUAAGAAAAAUCGACCAAUAGCUAUUGCUUAAAGGUCAGUUUUAGUAAAAUAUAUUUGAUUAUGAUACCACCGAAUUACGAGUGCAUGAGCAACGUUAUGUGUUGUAUUCAUGUAGGUCAGGUGUAUACUAUAUUUUUAAAAAAUGGUCCGUGUGAUAAUGUAGAAGGGCCAUAAACUCUCGCGAUUUUAUUUGUUUAGGUUUCAAAAUAUCUUUAUAUAGCGCGAAUAAUAUAUCCAGUGCUAGGCAAUACUGAAAGUUCCUAUCAAAUGACUAUUAUAAUAUAAGAAUUAUAAAAAAAAGUAAAUUAGAAUAAAGUAGACAGAUAGUAUGAUUAAGGGAGAUUGACUACGUGAAAAUAAAAUGGUCACGGCAUAAAAAUAGUAGAUUUGACACAUGAGAGCAAUGAAAUGAUUUCUUAUAUAAUGUAUAGUACUAUCUGGUUACUAGAGAAAAUAUCUCCACAUUAAGUUUUUAUGUACAGUAAAGACUAUAUAUAAAGAUUUAUAGUUUUAUUAUUGUAUUUUGAUAAUGAAUUUAACAGUGUCAUUCAUUUAGAUCAGUUUUCAUUUAAUGCAUUUGAUUCAUAAUUAUAGCGAAACGAAGGAUAGACUGUAUUUUAUUAUUUAAUGGAAUAUUUAAAUUCAAUUGUAAUAAAAAUAAAAUAUUCCUGUUAAUGACAUUAUGUAAGCUCCGAAAAAUAUUGUAAGGAUAGGAAAAUAUGUGAUCUUCGUUUUAUACAGUUUUCCUAACGUAUCUAUUUAUAAUGAUCACUCUACAUACCUCGCAUGUUCUUGUUUAUAUUCUAGGAAAUAUAAGUCCGUUUUU